AAACAAGUCCUUUUGCUCAAGAAGAUUCGAUAUAAAUUGUUAGUGAAUGAACGGUUGAAAACUAAUCGAAAGCGUCUGGCUGUUUUUAUCUGCCCACACGAACUGCUAUUGUUACCUUCUCGGCCAUAGCUGCUGUGUACAGCGAAUGUACGGUCCUGGCUGUGAGAGCACCUCCAUAAGUAUUUUUAUUACGUAAGCGAUACUUUUUACCUCAUCUCCAAAAUGUCCCUGAAAAUCAUUUUCUAGCCGAUAAGACUAGAUACCAGGAUGGGUUUAGGAGAAACGAAAGUGAAACAGAGAUUUGGCUUGGAUCCAAGAAACACCAACUGGUCGAACAACACCGGAAGAUUCGGCCACCAGUACCUAGAAAAGCUAGGCUGGGAACCUGGCAAAGGGUUAGGGUUGGUCCAACAUGCCACCACCACACAUGUUAAAGUUAUUAUCAAAGAAGACAAUGCAGGACUUGGUGCUCGGUUGGCAAAGAAGCAAAAGAAAGAUGAUUUAGAUGGUGGAGAUAGUGUUGGUCUUGACGUUUUUCAGAGUAUCUUAGGAAGGUUGAACGGAAAGGAAGAUAAGAUUAAUGAUGAGCUUGAAAGACAACGUAAUGAGAGAAUAUUGAAUGGCAAAUGGGGCAUGCAUUUUGUCAAAGGAGAAGUAUUACAGAGCUCAUGGGAUGUUCAGAAGAAAUCGAUGAUAGGCGAUAGCAAGAAAAGAAAGAAUAAUAGUGAACAUGAAAGUACAAAUGCGAAGCAGAAGAAAAGUGACAAGUUGGUAGAGAAGAAGGAAAAGAAGGAAAAGAAGGAAAAGAAAGAAAAGAAGGACAAGAAAGAGAAGAAGGAAAAGAAGGAAAAGAAGGAAAAGAAGGAAAAGAAGGAAAAGAAAGAGAAAAGGGAAAAGAAAGAGAAGAAAGAGAAGAAAGAAAAGGAUAAUGAUGAAGCUCGUGCUUCAUUAGAACCUAUAGAGUCUGAUACAAAAAGCAUAGCAACUAGGUUAUCGGUAAGAUCCAAAUGGAUCAAGCAGAAAAGGGCCUCGGUCAUGGAUGCAAAGGCCCUUAAUGAAAUUUUCAUGAUAUCAAAUUAACCAUAGAACACUGUACACUACAAUAGACUACUAAA